AAGUAUAGUCUUAGUUUCCUUACACAAAAGGGAGUAUAUGUUUUAAGAAUUGAGAGUGAGGAACAGUAGAAUCUGAUCUCAUGGCAAGAGAAAGCAGCCAAAUUCGUGGCUUUUAUAAGGAAUAUAUUGGAAGAAAAGAAAAAAAACUGUUCCAAUAACAUAAAAGAAAGAGUCUAAACUCGUACUCUUUGAUCUUCUCAACCCUUAGCUGCCUUCCUGAUGGCUGAGUUGUUCCGAAAAUGAAGACCAAAAACUUCCCUUCUCUGUAUAUAUAAACAUAUUUCAAACCAAUCCAAAUCAACCCAUUUCCCAAUUUCGUUCCAAUUCUCUCCCUUCUCUAUUUCUCUUUCAAUUUCCAUCUCUCUCUCUAUGGGAAAUUACAGGGUUUGUCUGUGUUUCAUUAGAAGGUUUAAGAUGUCUAAAGAAGAGCCGCCGCCGGACGUGAAGGAGGCGUUUGUCAAAUAUGCUGGCGGCGCUGCUGCCCAUAUGACCGCCGAGCAGCUGCGGUCGUUUCUCGUUGAGUUUCAAGGAGAUCAGACGGCGUCACUGGCGGAUGCUCAACGGAUUGUUGAGCACGUGCUGCAGCGGCGGCAUCACGUGAUCACCAAGCUCACAAAACAUAGUCUCACUCUUGAUGAUUUCUACUACUAUCUCUUCUCUAUGGAUCUGAAUCCCCCAAUUUCAGAUCAGGUUCAUCAGGAUAUGAGAGCUCCAUUGUCCCACUAUUACAUUUACACAAGCCACAACACAUACUUGACUGGGAAUCAAUUGAGCAGUGAUUCUAGUGAUGUUCCAAUUAUAAAUGCACUGAAGAGCGGCGUGCGAGUCGUGGAGCUUGAUUUGUGGCCAAACUCUGAAGAAGAUGACAUAGAUGUUCUUCAUGGAAGGACUUUGACAACACCUGUGGAAUUUGUUAGAUGUCUGAAGUCUAUUAAAGAGAAUGCUUUCAUAGCAUCGCCAUAUCCUGUCAUAAUUACUCUUGAAGAUCAUCUUACUCCUGAUCUUCAAGCUAAAGCAGCAGAGUACAUAAAGGAAACAUUUGGAGACAUGCUGUUCUUUCCUGAAGCAGAAUAUCUACAGGAAUUCCCUUCUCCUGAAGAAUUGAAGUAUCGGAUCAUCAUUUCGACAAAACCCCCUAAAGAAUACCUCAGAUCCAAAAAUGUGAAAGGGGAGAAUUCUUUCAGUGAUGAUGAAACUGAUGAUGAAGAUGGGGUUGAUACGUAUCUUGAUGAAGUAUACAACUUCAUUGGGUUGCAGAGUGAGAGUGAAUCCAGCGAGAGUGAUGACAGUGAUUACGAAUCUUACGCUACAGGUGUAUCCGAAUACAAACGUCUAAUCGCCAUUCAUGCUGGAAAACCGAAGGGAGGUUUGAAGGAAGCUCUAAAAGUUGGAGCUGAUAAAGUUAGACGCCUUAGCUUGAGUGAAAAGGCACUCAAAAAGGCAACUAAAUCUCAUGGAAUGGAUGUCAUUAGAUUCACCCAGAAAAACAUGUUAAGGAUAUAUCCAAAGGGAACACGAGUAAAUUCUUCCAACUACAAGCCACAGAAUGCUUGGUUACAUGGGGCCCAGAUGGUUGCUUUCAAUAUGCAGGGACAUGGAAAGUCUCUCAGCUUAAUGCGUGGGAUGUUUCGAUCCAACGGAAGUUGUGGCUAUGUGAAAAAACCUGACUUUCUACUCACAGUUGAUCCCCAUGGCAAGGUGUUUGAUCCUAAUGCAACUUUGCCAGUUAAAAGAACUUUGAAGGUGAAAGUCUACAUGGGUGUUGGCUGGAAUUUGGAUUUUGAAAGCACCCACUUUCAUUUAUAUUCCCCACCUGACUUCUACGCACGGAUUGGAAUUGCGGGAGCUCCAGCUGAUGAGAUAAUAAAGAAAACAGAGAUCAAAGAGGAGACUUGGAGUCCUGUUUGGAAUGAAGAGUUUACAUUUCCUUUGACCAUUCCUGAACUGGCUUUACUUCGAAUCGACGUGUAUAGUUAUAACAUUUCAGAUAAGGAUGUUUUGGGAGGACAAAACUGUCUGCCUGUGCCUGAAAUGAAGCCAGGCAUCCAUGCUGUUCCUCUUUUUGACCGUAAAGGAUUAAAGUAUAGUUCUGUAAAGCUUCUAAUGCGUUUUGAGUUUUCCUAAGAAUACGAUUUCUUUUUCUUUGGCAACAUCUCAGAGGAGUGAAUUUUUACUAUCAGCCGUUGUCCGUGGUGGAGACUAUUGUUGUUCUUUGACCAGAAUGAGUUGGAUUCCAACAUUUUUCAUAGGGUAGGUGUGAAGCAUCGAAUAUGGGGUCUUCCACUUUUCUCUCUCACCCUGUUUUCCCUUUCCUUCUUUGAUGCCACUGUAAUAUUAUAAAAUCAGAUUCCUUCUUCCUAAA